AUGUCUCUAGUAAAAAGGCAGAAGAUAGAUGAUGGCGAUCGUAGGGCAUUAGUCCAAUCGCGGCUGCUUGGAGCUAGAAAUGGAGGAGGUAUAUUGUAUAAUGAAGCAGUAAUCCUCGAGGGACACGAAGGAUCAGUACUUUCUACAAGAUUUAGCCAUAAUGGUGAUUAUAUAGCAUCUGGAGGAUUAGAUAAGAACAUUCUAUUAUGGAAGUUACCAUAUAAUGAAGAAGAAGAAUCUCCUAACUACGGAGAAAUAAAGGGACAUAAAUCGGCUGUUACUUCUGUGAGAUGGCUAUAUGACGAUAUAACAUUAGCCAGUGCAAGUGCUGAUACAACUGUUGGGUUUUGGGAUGGUGAAACUGGAAAAAGAACCAAAAAAUGUAUAGGGCAUGAGUUAGCAGUUAAUGAUAUAAGUGUGUCAAAGGAUUCACUUGCACUUAGUGCCAGUGAUGAUGGGUCAGCAUGUUUGUGGGACCAAAGACAAAAGGAAGCAACGAAUAAAGUGACGACCGAAUAUCCAUUGUUGUCUUGCACAUUCAAUAAUAGAGGUAAUACAUUUUAUAUUGGAGGAAUUGACCCUAAGAUUCAGGCAUAUGACAUGAGAGUGAUGGAUAAACCAAUCUGGACUUGUGAAGGCCAAGUAGACUCUAUAACAUCAAUAGCUAUAAACAAAGAUGAUUCUAUAUUAUUGUCUCGGUCUGUUAAUGGUAUAUUGAGGACUUAUAGUGCUCGAGAAUUUGUUCCUGAAGGUAUUCCUAGGAUGAACCCAUACAUAUAUGAUGGCGCUCCUUCAGGAAAUGAAUACCAAUUAAUAAGAGCAUGCUUCAGCACGGACAAUGUUUCGAUAGCUUCAGGUUCGGAAGAUAAAACAGUCACCAUAUGGGAUUACAAAUCACGAAAGAUACUUAAUAAAAUUUCAGGUCAUAGAGGUGCUACGCUUGAUAUUGCUUAUCAUCCGACAGAGCGUAUUUUAGCAUCUACUUCUACGGAUGGCUCAAUUAUAGUUAGAGAGAUAUAG